GCCAGGGAGAAAGACCCCGGCCAGCUCCGAAAGAAAAAUCUGCGAUUUUUUUUUUUUUUUUUUUUUGGGUGGGGGAAGGGGAUGAACAAUAAUGACCGAAAAAAAGUGAGUGUAAUAAAAGAUAACGACAUAAGAUUGCGCAUGUAGUAUUUCACUUGUCUUUAUUUACAUUGUGAGAGGCUUGUUGUGCAGGGAGGCGUGCCAAGGGCGGUGUGGCUUGGCCGCGGCACACAGACACAGACUGACGGACAGAUAGACAAGCACAUAGGCAGAGGGACAGCGGCCGUGACCCCCAGCAGGCCACAGAAGCAGCAUGACUACAGGUGGUGCUAGCUCUAGUGGUGCAGAUACUUCUCCCAAAAAGAAGGGGUGGCCAAAAGGGAGGAAGCGUCGCCUUUUACCCAAGGAUUCCAACGCUCCCAAGGGACCACUGUCAGGGUACAUGCUGUUCAUGGGAGACCAGCGAGAGGUAUUGCGGCAGACUCAGCCUGGCCUGGCCUUUCAUGAAAUUACCAAAUUGGUUGCUCAGAGGUGGGCUGCCCUUGACCAGAUAGCCAAGACCAAGUACCUGGAGGCAGCAGAAGCUGACAAAGAGAGAUACCAGAAAGAGAUGGAGGAAUAUCAGAAAACAGAUGCUUACAAAAACUUUCUACAGAAGCAAAGAAAGGCAGAAACUCCUUCUCCACCAAAGAAAACCAGGAAGGAGAAUGGUGAGGAGAGAAAAGAAGAGGAAGAGGAGGAGGAGGAGGAACCCUUAAACCCUCAUUCAGCAUUGGAGAUCCCAAUCUUCACUGAGGAAUUCCUUACUCAUAACAAAGUACGGGAAGGAGAGCUGCGGCAAUUGCGAAAAUCCAACACAGACUAUGAAGAGCAAAAUGCCAUUCUGCAGAAGCACAUAGAGAGCAUGAAGAGCACUGUGGAGCGUCUAGAGUCAGAGACGAGUCAACAGCGCAGCAACAAUGCAGCACUGCAGCAGCACAUAGAGACCCUGCGACGGACCUUGGCCAGAGCCUUCAUUAAUCUCCCUUUACCAGGCAGUGAGGCAGCGCCCACAGAGGAGACGAUAGACAGCUAUAUGGUCCAGCUGCAUUCCCUCAUCGUGAACAACCCACAGCAACAUCAAGGUCUCAUUCAGACUGUGAGGGGGAUAGUGAGUCAACUGGCACUUACCUGAAAAGAGAUGACUUCAGCAAGCUGCUGAGGAGACAGAACAGUCUUCACCAAUUACCAUAACAACUGUUCCAUGAUAAACAGUAAUCACUGCCUUGUGAAAUAGUUAUAGGUCAUUGUUAUGAUGCAACUAACAGCACAACUCUACACAACAAGGUGUAAUUUGAACUGUAUUUCAUCCAAGUUUUUAAGUAAUAUGACAAUACAAAGCAUCAUUUUGGUACAAUUCUUAAGUUAUUUGCACAAGUCAUCCAGAUGGUGUACAUAACAUUCAUGAAAAUGUCAGCCUUUCAUGUAUUUACUCCAUAUUUUUUACACACACGGAUAGUGACGGGUGGGUACAAGUCCAUCAUCAUCAACAUAUGACCUAUUGAACAUAAGACUGACACUGGGACCAUGGUCAUUAGCCAACUGAUUUCUAGAGAAAAUGAAAUUAGUAAACACUCCUCUUGUCAUCACUAUAUCUUGAUUCACUGGUUUUUCAGCAUAUACUCCUUGUUAGCCUCACUAUCAGCUCAAUAAAGUGACUUUCAUUGUAAUGCAGUCACUCCACAAGUUAGGUUUCAGGUCAUUAUGUUUAAGAAAUCAUUAAUUUGUAAUUUAUUUGUAUGUAUAAUACCAUCUUGAGUUUUACACUUACUUGCUUUCUUGAAGCUCAAUAUCUGAGUAACUGUAAAAUGCAUAGAUAUGCUAGUCCAAGGAGGUUGAAUGGGAGAUGGCAUGAUGUUACUAUAGCUUAGCUGUUGAGGUCUUGGUCUGCUGCUGCCCCUACCCUGUUAAGGGGCUAUCACACUGGCCUAUGAUACACGGAACGCAGGCCAUGGUUCUUGGUACGAAACCAGGAACAGUAUCACACACAAGCUGCCCGCAUUCUUGCUAUGCUAGGCAAAUGGCCCACCAAUCAAGACAAAGCCUUAUCAAAAUAAACCAGAAAAAAACCAUGCCGCUUAUAUCUCAACUUGUGCUUUAUCCUGGAACUGCAUUUGCACUUCUUGUUGAAGAAAAGUAAGUUAAAGAAACCCAAGAAGAACCGAGACGUGCGCGACGGCAACUUUAUUGUCAGAGGUGGUUGCCAUGAGCCUAAACUAUUGACAUAUUUAUAUUUUACCUUUCUAAUUUGAUGAAAUAUUAAAUAUUCCAAUAUGAAAAAUUUAGUCACGUUCUUUUUAGUUCAAAUUAAAGGUUUUAUUACAUAUAUUAUGUUAACUUUUCUACUGGGAUAGCAUACAGAGAACCGGGAUGGAUAUGAAGCCAUCCCAACUUGGUUCCGCUAAUCCUGGGCAAGUUCCAGCUAUCUGGAGCAGAUGUUCCUGGUUCCACGUAUCAUAGGCCAGUGUGAUAGGGCCUUACCACCCAAAACACUUCCAGCUGCCUAAUGAAAAUAUAUGAACGGUUGAGUGUUUUCCAAUUUUUCUGUUGUAUGUCUGUUUUGAUACCACCUAACAUGUAUGUGACCUUAGAAGACUUAAUAGUUAAGUUGUGACAUACUGUGUCAUUAAGUUUCAGACAGCAGAUCAUACAAACAAAUAAAAUUAAUUCAGUGUUUUUCAGCUUUGGUGGACUUGGGCAAGUGGUGGGAAGUCAUCUUUGGGGUGAACAUAUGGCUGGACCAGGUCAUGGAGACAUGUAAAUAUACAGGUGCAUAUAGAUAAAUGAAUAAAACUGUACAACAGGUGAAAGUAAGCCUGAA